GGUUACCCUUUGCUCAUUCCGAGCAACUUUUUUUCCGAUUUUUUCGGAUUUUUUUUCUGAAAUUCUCCCACCGUAUCAUGCAAAGCCCCGUGUCCCUCAUCUUGGCAAUUCUUCUCGUAUUCGUGGGCUGCCACGUGGCACACGCUGGCACAUGGCUUUCUUUCAACGACUUCAAAGAGGACGAUAUGAUGGGUUUGGGUGAGCCAAGUCGUCGUUUCGGAGAUGUCGUGUCAUUGUGUAAAGAAACGCAAAAGCGUCUGGCAAAACGUGCGGCAAUGGGCGAACGAGUAAUCCGUGCUCAGCACGAAAACGAGAAAAUCUGUAAGCUUCUCAUGAAAAUGGGCCGUCGUUAAGCACACAAAAACUCACACACACACACACACGGAAAAAUCCACGUCAUCAUCAAAAAAUCCGUCCGUCUUCUCCCUUCUGCUGAAAUUCGUCGUUUUUCCAUCCUCAAUUUUCUGUAAAAUUUCGUUUUUUUCUUCGUUUUCUUCCCAUCGCCCACACAAUUUUUUCCAUUAUCAGAGAACAAUUUAAUAGUAAAAAAUAUACUUGUUAAGUUUUUUAGAUGAAA